UACUCUCUCUCUCUCUCUCUCUCAAAUCUGAAUCGAUGAGGAGAAGGAGCGAAAUGGGAUAUCAGUGCGAAAAGGAAGUUGCAGGCGCUGAUCGAAAGCUCCAAACCUAGACCAUAAUUCUGAUCUUUCACAUCCCUAUUCUCGUUCUCUCUUUUGUUCGUUCCUUGUCUACUCUUGUUCUGUCUCUCUUUCUCUAUGUAAUUUAGACCUACUUACUUCUCUUUUCGAUUCUUUGGGGGCUACUGGUUUCAAUUGUUUAGACCUUGAAAUUCUUCAUUCCGAUGGUUAACUACUUUGUUUUUGCUUCUACGGUCCUUAACUGAACAAGUUUAGUGUUUUUGUUAAUUUAAUAUCUAAUAACAUAUCUGAAAUUAGGGUUGAGUUUUGUUAUAUAUUUGUGCUUUAAUGAGGAUUUCGUUGUGUGGGAGUUGGUGAGUCAGUGGAGAAUCGAGCUGCCAAUGCCACUGGUUACGGUUUUGAAGAGUUUCUCGGGGAGUUUUGGGAUACCGAAAAAGUUUGACCCCAAUGUCUUGGGCAGGCCCGGAAGAUAUCUUUCUCUCCACAUCUCUUGCGAGCUACCUUGACAAGAAACUUCUUGUUUUGCUGCGAGAUGGUCGAAAACUGUUGGGGACACUUCGCUCUUUCGAUCAAUUUGCCAAUGCUGUUCUUGAAGGUGCUUGUGAACGGGUGAUUGUUGGUGAUCUUUAUUGUGACAUUCCCUUAGGUCUCUAUGUAAUUCGUGGGGAGAAUGUUGUCUUAAUUGGUGAGCUGGACCUUGAGAGGGAAGAGCUUCCCCCACAUAUGACUCGUGUGUCAGCUGCAGAAAUAAGAAGGGCACAGAAAGCGGAAAGGGAUGCUACAGAUCUUAAAGGCUCCAUGAGAAAGAGGAUGGAGUUCCUUGAUUUGGAUUGACAAUAUAUCCAUGCAACAUUUGGUCCUCAAUUUUUGUCCAGUGACUAAAUGCCAUGUCUGCAAAUAUUAUCGCAGUUGGGUGCUUCCAGAGAAGAUCGAUCAUCAGGGAAGAGGGUUUUUUACCCCCUUCCUCCUACCUGUUGUUCCAACCCUCAUGAAUUUGGAUGAAUGGAAUGUUGUCCUCCCCUCUGGUUUUUGACAAUUCUGAAGAGUGAAUUUAACAUGUGGAUGGAUGUAUCAAGUUGUUAUAGUAUUUAAAAACAAAGGUGAUGGCUUGCUUCAUGUGGUGGUAGUUGACGAGAAGGUUGAUGGGAGAGAAGGUACCUUGCGAUAUCUGAUUGGAAUGUAAGAUUACAAAUUGGUUUUUGGGGUGAGGGGAGAUACAAGUAUUACAACUUGGUUUUGGGGUGAGGAAUAUAAUAUUGGUUUAUGGUGAAAUUGUUUACCCUUAAGAACAUUUUUCACAAUCGCUGUAUGUGGGCACCCUUGGCUUCCUCACUAAUGUCAAAUUGUAGAGGAAAGUGGUGGGCUUUGCAGAGCAUUUCAGACCUUGGAAAGGACCUUUUAUGAAUUAUGAUAUUUCCAUUCCACUGUAACAUGAAACUCUUUACGAGUAAGGACUAUCUGUUGACGUGCAGCAGGUUAAAUAAUUCUCUGGAUAGCAUGUGCCAUGAUAUGCAGUGUGAACUGUGUUAGAUUAAGGUCAGUGCCAUGGAUCUCCAUAUGCAGAAACUUAUGUUGUACAGCCAUUGUUUCCACUUUGUAGUACUAUACUUCUAUGGUGGUAGUCUAGUACCACUACUAUAUGCUGGUUAUACGUAUGUACUUAAAAUCUUCCAGCUCUGCUUCAGUGCUUCCCUGGUAAUUGACAGCCUAGAGUCCAGACUCCAGACCCCGCAGAUCCAAAGGUUCUCGACUUCAAUUCUGUGUUAAACCAAAAAAAAAAAAAAUUCUCUCUCUCUCAGUUGAGCACUUGAGCUUGUAUGUUCUCUCAAUUGUCUCUUGCGCUUUACCUCAGUGGCAAUUGAGUAUGAUGUAGAGUUUCAUCAGCAAAGGCAAUACUAUUGUUCCCAAUCAGAACGAGUGUGUAUCAUUUGGAAUUGGAGAUUGUAUACACAUUUCUCUUGAUCAAUAUCCAUUUUGUUUUCCA